AAAUCUUGGAUUUCAGCACCUCCAUGGUACAAUGCAAUUCUCCUUCUAAGCUACCGUACUUCUUGGGAUCAUGAUGGCCAGUUUACCCAGACAGGGACCCACGAUAGCAGCUAGACACAUGCCACUCAUCUACCAACUGGUCCGAGGCCAAGCACUACAGAUCAACCAUACCGAAGCAGUCCAUCUGUAUUUUCAUGCACAGAUCUGACGCAUGAGUGAGCGCAAGAACCGCAUGCGUUCUACACCAAUCGUCCAGCCAAUUAUCAAAUCCCAAAUCCCAUCCCGUAGGAUGAGAUUGAGCCUGGGCAAGUUUUGCACAGUGGCCGCCCUGACCAGUCUGGUGGUCCUUAUUUCCCUGACCAAUCACCACUACUUCGGCCGUCGCUACGCCCAGGAUGCAGGCCAGAACAUUCAGAGACCUCGACGCCCCGGGGUGCAUAUUGGCCCGCCCCCUAAUAAAGCAACCCCUGAGAUGAUUGAGGUACCCCCUCGGGAUGAGGACGCCCCGCCCACACAGAAGUUGAUCCCUGUAUCACUACACUGCAAGAAAGUUUGCACAAGUGGUUUCGGAAGUGAUUGCUACUCUAUAGACAAAGCCAUCCUGGUGUAUCGAGAUAAGGUCCCGACCAAGUACAUGAAGUUCCGUCAGAACUCCUACCCGGUGGUCUACGUUCCUCAGCCGGCGGACGGGGAAACCCUCCCCGAGUUCCAGGAGAUCGAACGGUGCAACAUGGACGAUCAUUUCCCGGACAUGUUUCUGAUUCCGCAGCAAGAGCGGUGCGCCGUUGUGGGCAACGGGGGGAUCCUGUCAGGCAGUGGGUGUGGGGAGGCGAUCGACGACCACGACUUCAUCUUACGGGCAAACCUGGCUCCCCUGGAAGGCUACGAGGCGGACGUGGGGCAUCACACCGACCUGACGGCGAUCAACUGGGAGACACUCAACAGGCUGCACUCGUCUGUUGUGCAGAGCGGUACAAGCAAUCUGGACAACAGGAUCCUCCUGGAGCGCAUCAAGAAACUGCACAAGUCCAUCCUUUGGUAUCCGAAAUCUCUCCAUAAGCUGUACCAGAGGGAGAUGUUGCGGAAGCUGACAGCGACCCUCAAAGAUAACAAGUUCAUGGACAUUCAGUUGGCCUUCGGCUGGAAAGCAAUCAGCAUCGAAAAAGAGUGGGGUCUGGAGGGCUUCGCCACCCUGGGCUUCGACAUGUUCGCCGUGGCGAGAACUUUCUGCGCUAACGUGACCCUGUACGGCUUCUACCCGUUCAACGAGGGUCCGCACGGGGAGAGAAUCCCCCACCAUUAUUACGAAGACAUGGACUUCCAGUAUCAGACGGCCAAGCACGAUUUCGUGCUGGAGUUCAUGAAACUUCAGGACCUGCAGACGAAGGGGGAGAUCAAGCUGCAGACGCGGGCGUGCAGAAAACGGUCUGGGGUGUGACGAUCGCGGAGUGCGAAACAAGCAAAGAUGGAAAUCGUUGUAAAAUAUGAACUUUAUUUUAAGCCAUUUUUAAACCUUUAUUAUUAGUUAAACUUUAAUAGCCAAGCACCACACAUUUUUUUUAAAAAGAAAGACAAGAAAACAGUGAUUUGUCCAUUAUUCGUCGUUUUUAUGGCUAUUUUUAUGGUGUGGUAACAUUCAUCAUUUUCUAUGGUCUUUUUUAUGGUGCGGUAAUUCGAAAUCAGUCUGCCAAAAUUAAACAGAAAAGUCCACAUCCGCGUGCAUGCACGGA